AUGGCUGGCUUUAGCAGCAAGAUCUUGGUCCUGGUUUCCCUGUUGGGGCUCCUGGCGCUGCUCCUGUGCGGCACCUCUGAAGCACAAAGCAACCAGGAUUGCUGCCUGUCUUACACCAAAGUGCGUCUGCCUCGGUGGGCCCUGAAGGGUUAUACUGAACAACUCUCCAGUGAAGUCUGUGAUAUCCAUGCAAUCAUUUUCCACACCUACAGUGGGCUGAAUGCCUGUGUAAAUCCUAAGGAAGGCUGGGUGAAGAAGCAUCUUCUUUUCCUGAGCGAUAAGCUCAAGAAGAUGUCAAUGUAAUAUGGUUUCCAGCAGGGAACUACACGCAGACGUGGCUGAAGAACCACUAGGUUGAACCUCUCGGUUGAGAUUGUUGUCUUGUACACUGUUGUGUGCUUACUCACCACUAUCUCUGGCUUCUUUGGAACCGUUGAACUUCUUGAGUUGAUUCAUAUUGCAUCGCUGUUUUGCUUGAAUUAAGCAUUUAGUUAAAGUUUCUAUUUUUACUAAUA